AGGGCCGGAAGGGGCGGGGCGAGCGGGCUGAGGGAGGCAGGAAGGAAGGAGGAGGAGGCAGCGGCGGCCACGGCAUCCCGGUCGCGAGGAGCGAGGCGGCGGCGGAGGAGGAUGAGGCGCGCGGAUGAGGGGAAAUGGCCGCCGAAAACAAGCCGGAAGAUGAUCAUGGGAACAGCAAUGGAAGUCAUGUAAAGAUCUUUUUGCCGAAGAAGCUGCUUGAAUGUCUACCAAAAUGUUCCAGUUUACCAAAAGAGAGGCACCGUUGGAACACAAAUGAGGAAAUUGCUGCCUACCUAAUAACCUUCGAGAAGCACGAUGAGUGGCUCACAACGUCCCCAAAAACCAGGCCUCAGAAUGGCUCUAUGAUCCUCUACAACAGGAAGAAGGUGAAGUACAGGAAGGAUGGCUAUUGCUGGAAGAAGCGGAAAGACGGGAAGACCACCCGAGAGGACCACAUGAAGCUGAAGGUGCAAGGAGUGGAGUGCCUCUACGGCUGCUACGUCCACUCCUCCAUCAUCCCCACUUUCCACCGAAGGUGCUAUUGGCUGCUCCAGAACCCGGACAUCGUGCUUGUCCACUACUUGAAUGUACCGGCCAUUGAGGACUGUGGGAAGCCAUGCGGGCCCAUCCUGUGCUCCAUCAACACGGACAAGAAGGAGUGGGCCAAAUGGACGAAGGAGGAGCUGAUUGGCCAGCUGAAGCCCAUGUUCCACGGCAUCAAGUGGACCUGCAGCAACGGGAACAGCAGCUCGGGCUUCUCGGUGGAGCAGCUGGUGCAGCAGAUCCUGGAGAGCCACCAGACCAAACCUCAGCCUCGGACGCACAACUGCCUUUGCACCGGAAACUUGGGUGCGGGGAGCAGCGUGCACCACAAGUGCAACAGUGCCAAACACCGGAUCAUCUCCCCGAAGGUGGAGCCGCGGUCGGGCGGCUACGGGGCGCACUCCGAGGUGCAGAACAACGACGUCUCCGAGGGGAAGAACGAGCACAGCCACGGCAGCAAGGCGUCCUCCUCCGGGGGGCGGGAGAAGCGCAACGGCAAGGUGGCCAAGCCGGUCCUGCUCCACCAGAACAGCACCGAGGUCUCCUCCACCAACCAGGUCGAGGUCCCAGACACCACCCAGAACUCCCCGGUCUCCAUCAGCAGCGGCCUCAACAGCGACCCAGAUGCAGCCGACAGCCCCGCCGUGGUCUCGGGCGUCUCCAGCAUGGCCGCCGUGGCCUCCGUCAUGGGCAGCCUCUCCCAGAGUGCCGCGGCCGCCGUCUUCAUGUCGGACAUCACCAGCGAGGCCGUCUACGCCAUGUCCCCCUCCGCCGGCCCCAACCCGCACCUGCUCCCCUCGGAUGCCACUGCAGCGGCGCAAGGGCUGGUCCUGGCGGUCAGCUCCGACGGCCACAAGUUUGCCUUCCCGACGACGACGGCCGGCGGCUCCGAGGGACUGUCCAUCCUACCGGCCGGUGUCUCGGAGGAGCUGGUGCUGUCCACCACCCUGGACAGCGGGAGGAAGAUCCCAGAGACUGCCAUGAACUUUGACCCCGAUUGCUUCCUCAACAAUCCCAAGCAGGGCCAGACCUACGGCGGAGGGGGCCCCAAGGGGGACGGCGGCCUGGGGCCCAACCUGCGGCACUCGCCCACCUCUGAGCGCAGCUUUGGCUUCGGCCUGGUCAAGGAGAUCAAGACCGAGGACACCUCCUUCGAGCAGCAGAUCUCCAAAGAGGCUGCCGUCGCUGCCGCGUACACCUCUUCCUCCUCCUCCUCCUCUUCGUCCUCGUCCUCCUCCUCCUCCUCGUUGUCGUCCUCCUCCUCCUCGUCCGCCUCCUCCUCCUCGGCCUCCUCCAACUCUCUGACCCUGGCCCCCGGCCCCAGCCUGCUCCCCUCCGGCGGCGGCCUCAGCCCGAGCACCACCCUGGAGCAGAUGGACUUCAGUGCCAUCGACUCCAACAAGGACUACUCGUCCUCCUCCUCGGGGUUCGGCCCCUCCGUCCAGAGCCCCCACGUCCACCAGAGCCCCUCGCCCAGCUUCUUCCUGCAGGAGGCCCCCAGCAAGCCCCUCCCGAUGGAGCCCGGCCCCCACGGCGGCGGCCUGGCCGAGGGGAACGGCUCCUUCGUGGGACCCAUGGGCGUCCCCAGCAUCAAGACGGAGGCCUCUCCGCCGGGCACCUCCCACUGCAACGGCGCCAUGGAGGCCCGCAUGGAGCCCACCUCCUCGCUCCAGCUGAUGCAGUUCCAGGCCGGCUUCCAGGGCAUGGCGGCGGACGGGGAGGUGCCCAUGGAGACCUCGCCCCACGGGGAAGGCGCCGAGGGGCUGCUCAAGGCCGGGGAGCUGCAGGCUUGUGGCGAGCACUACCUGCCGCCCGAGGCCAACGGAGCCCUGCGUAACGGCAGCCUCCCGGUGCUCCAGGGCAACAUGGUGCCCGGCCUGUACCCGGUGGCCCACCCGGCUCUGGGCGGCUCCUCCAACAUGGAGCUCAGCCUGGACCACUUCGACAUCUCCUUCAGCAACCAGUUCUCCGACCUGAUCAACGACUUCAUCUCAGUGGAGGGCGGGGGCGGCGCGCUCUACGGCCACCAGCUGGUCUCCGGGGAGGGGGCCGCCAUGGCCCAGGCGGCCGAGGAGGGCAACCGGGGCAGCGCCGGCGCCAACUACGGACAGGCCCCUGAGAUGUGCAUCCCCUGCUGCAGCCCCCAGCAAGCCGGCCUCCACCUCGGCGUUGCGGAGAACGGGGCCGGCGCCAUGGCCUACAUGCACGUCACCGAGGUGGUGUCGGCAGCGGCGGCAGCGGCGGCGGCGGCCCAAGGCACCCUGGGAAUGCUCCAGCAGAGUGGGCGCCUCUUCAUGGUGACGGACUACUCGCCCGAAUGGUCCUACCCAGAGGGGGGUGUGAAGGUGCUGAUCACUGGCCCGUGGCAGGAGGCCAGCAACAACUACAGCUGCCUCUUUGACCAGGUCUCGGUCCCGGCCUCCCUGAUCCAACCGGGGGUCCUGCGCUGCUACUGCCCAGCACACGACACGGGGCUGGUGACCCUGCAAGUGGCCUUCAACAACCAAGUCAUCUCCAACUCGGUGGUCUUUGAGUACAAGGCCCGAGCGCUGCCCACCUUGCCCUCCUCACAGCACGACUGGCUCUCCCUGGACGAGAACCAGUUCCGAAUGUCCAUCCUGGAGCGCCUGGAGCAGAUGGAAAGGCGGAUGGCCGAGAUGACCACCGGCUCCCAGCAGCAGCAGCACAAGGCACCGGCCAGCAGUGGAGGAGGAGGAGGAGGAAGUGGUGGUGGCAGUGGCGGCGGCAAUGGGGGCAGCCAAGCACAGAGUGCCUCGGGGACGGGCUCUGCCUCGGGCCACUGCUUCGAGGGCCGGGUGGUCGUCGUCUGCGAAAAGAUGAUGAGCCGGGCCUGCUGGGCCAGGUCCAAGCACCUCAUCCACUCCAAGACCUUCCGGGGCAUGACCUUGCUCCACCUGGCUGCCGCACAGGGCUACGCCACCCUCAUCCAGACCCUCCUCAAGUGGCGCACCAAACACGCCGACAGCAUUGACCUGGAGCUGGAGGUGGACCCCCUGAACGUGGACCACUUCUCCUGCACGCCGCUGAUGUGGGCCUGCGCAUUGGGCCACAUGGAGGCGGCGGUGGUGCUCUACAAGUGGGACCGUCGGGCCCUCUCCAUCCCGGACUCGCUCGGGCGAUUACCCCUGGCCAUUGCCCGCUCCCGGGGCCACGUCAAGCUGGCUGAAGGCCUGGAGCAGAUGCAGCGCCAGGAGGAGGAGGAGCAGGCCCCACUGCACCAGGCCCCACGUGUCCUCUGUCCGCCCCACCAGGAUGAGCCCGCUCCCGCCGCCACCACUACCGGGGAGACCUGGAUGGCCCAGUGGCAUAGCGAAAUGGUGGCCUCUCAGGAGCCCCAGAAGGGGGUCACGGUCAUCUCCGCCCCCAACACAGAGCUGCGGCGGCCCCGAUCCGAGCCCUCCAGUUACUACAGCAGCGAGAGCCAGAAGGACUACCCGGCACCGAAGAAACACAAGCUGAACCCCGAGUACUUCUCCUCGGCCCGGCAGGAGAGGCUCCUCUCCACGGCCCUCAGCCUGGAGCAGCCCUGCGCCCGCAAGCCCACCAGCAGCUCCACCAGGCCCGCCUCCCUCCCCGAGACCCCCGGGCCCCGGAUCACAGGCCGGGAGUACCAUCCACAGGAACCGGGCGCGGAGGCUGGGGGCCACUACCGAAGUGGUGGUUCCGGGGUCAAAUGGGGCCCGAAGGAGGGCUACGGGCCCAUGCCCAGGGACACGGCAACGGCCCAGCGGCUGCAUCCACAACAGGAGCAGAUGUCAGAGCAGGAGACCAUGGAGGCAGAGCUGCUGGCCUUCCAGGAUGCCGCAGACAGCGAGGAUGUCUUGCACCACGUGGACGACCUCCAGGUGACCAUGAUGACACUGGCGGAGCACAUCAUCGAGGCCACACCAGAACGGAUCAAGCGCGGGGAGAGCCUUGCGCCGGCGGAGGGACCCCUGGCCGAGCGGAGUGGGGGGACAACUCUCGGCACCUCCAUGAGCUGGCUGGCCGGUUACCUGGCAGACAUUGACCACUUGCCCAGCGCUGCCCAGAUAAGAAGCCUCUAUGGGGCAGCCCCCAGCCCCCCCUCCCACACCAGCCAGAGCCCCACCAGCUCCCCGGUCAGCGCCCUAGCCUUUGAGAAGCCCAGCCUUCCGUCGGCCACUGACUGGUCCGAGUUCCUCAGCGCCUCCACCAGCGAGAAGGUCGAGAGCGACUUUGCCCAGCUGACCCUCUCCGACCAUGAACAACGGGAGCUGUACGAGGCCGCCAAGCUGGUCCAGACCGUCUUCAGGAAGUACAAGGUGAGGAGGAGGAGGAGGAGGAGGAGGAGCUGUCUCGGGCUCCAAAGGUGCCCCUCCACUCCUUUGCAGUAUGCACUUUAUAAGAAGAUGAUCCAAGCCGCCAUCCUCAUCCAGAGCAAGUUCCGGAGCUAUGCGGAGCAGAAGCGGUUCCAGCAGAGUCGCCGGGCGGCCGUCCGUAUCCAGCAGUUCUACCGCAGCUACAAGGAGUGCGGGAGGCGGAGGCAGAGCCGCCGGGCGGCUGCCCUGGUCCAGCAGAAGCUCAGAAGCAGCCUGCUCACCAAGAAGCAGGACCAAGCUGCGCGCAAGAUCAUGCGCUUCUUACGGCGCUGCCGCCACAGCCCACUGGUGGACCACAGGCGGUACAAAAGGAGCGAAAGAAUUGAGAAGGGCCAAGGAACCUGAAGGGCGAGGCAGCGGCGGCGGAAGCGGCGGCGGCAGCGGAGGAAGCAUCCCCUAGCAAUGUGACGUUGCUUUUCAGACUGUUUUUCAUUUUCUGUUUUUAGCAGAAACAUGCAACAACAAUUAAACAAAUUUAAUUAUUUGAAGAAGAACAAAAAAACACAAAACAAACUUGACUGCGCUGCUGAGCGGAUCAGCGGCACGAUUUUAAACGGUAAUGUUUAGUCAUUACAUUUGCACUUUCAUGGACGAUUUUUAAUUUGUUCAGCAAGACAUCUUGGGACUCGAAUCUUUUGGUUUGGAUCAUGGGGGGAGGCGGGGUCGGGGUUUUCAGUGACACCCGGAAGGAAGGACUUCUUGCGAGUUGCUUCGUUCCUCUCGGAAACCAACCAACCAACGAAAACAAAAAGAAAAAAGAGAGAAGCAAUUAUUAACCAUCCUUUUCAUAUAGGGCUGUAUUGAAAAAAAACAAAACAAAACCAUGUGUGGAACUGUACAAACAUGAUACCAAAAAAAGGCAAAAACCCCACAAUCCAAGAAUCGCUAUUCCUGCACCUGUCAAUCAUCUCCAAGACCCGGAAAAUGCUGGGAUUCUCCAGGAAAAAGGAAGGAAAGGGGAGCGAAGGGAGAAAGAAGACGAGAAGGGAAAGGAAGGGUCCGGUCCCUUUCCUUCCUUCCUUCCUUCCUUUUAUCCCUCCUUCCAUCUUUCUUUCCUUUGGGUCCACUCCUCCGCCUCCUCCUUCAUCAUUUCCUUUGCACUUCCUCCGGCUUUCCGUUCGUUCGUUCGUUCACCCGAAACUCUCGUCGCGUCCGUCCCUUUUGUCCAGAAAGCGUUUCCGAGGCAAACGGGUAUUUGCAGGGGACGAUGGGACGCGCGGGAGGGUGUCCUCCUUUUUGUUCCGAUCCUCGUCCUCCGUUGUUUGGUUCCGUCAUUCCCCCCUUUUUUGUUUUUCUUUUGUUGUUGUUUCUCUUAUUCUCUUCCUCUUUCUCUCUCUAGAGCCGCCUUCGAGUCUCAGUCUCUUUCUCUCUCUCAACUGCCAUAAUGCACUUCUUCUCAUAUUUGGCACUUUAUUUUCAGGCCUUACUUCACAAAACUCAAGGUUUCUAACUUGUUUUACUUCUAGAUGAUUUGUAAACGAUGAUUUCGGCAAACCUUCAGACCUCUUGUUCCGACCGAAGAGUCAAUCUAUAUAGCGUGCAAAUUCAGAUGUUGACUGGACGAGGAAAAACGAGAAAGCAAAAAAAGGGAAGCUGCAGCAUUUCUGGACGAGGAAAAAGAAAAAAAGCAAAAAAGGGAAGCUGCAGCAUUUUCGGCCAGUAAAUUCCUUGUUUUGGCUAUUUCGAAAAGAAAACAAAACAGAACAAAAAGAAUAUCUAUAUCUAGGCAGUUUCUGUAUAUAGGACGGAAGCAGAACGACGGGGAAUGAGAAAUACAUAUUUGAAAAGGGAAUAUAUUAAUUGCUAAAUAUUUUAUUCGCAAAGGGUCAAUAACUCGGCGAGAGAAAUUUGCGUUAUUUGUAUAGUUUUGUCUGAAUGAGCCAGAAGAGUGUGGAUGUUUGUACAUAUUGUAUAUAUCUACCGAAAAAACAAAAAACAAAAACAAACAGAUGUGCAUGACUUCAAGGACAACAAAACAAACAAAAAAAAGAAAACGACAAAGCAAAGCAUUAGUGGCUUACGGUCUGUAAAAUGAAACAAAAAAAACUUUAUUUCACUAUAAGAAACUUUAUUUUAAAUGUUCUUUAGAAGGACAUUUUGCUAAAGCAUGACUAAACUGCAGAAGCAAAAGAGCUAAUGUAUUUAGACUUAGGAAAAAAAGGCAAAAA